AGUUAAUUGACUCCCUUCACUGGCUCUCCGUCCCGUCUCCGUGGUGGUGGCUGCUGCUGCAGGGGGAGACUCUAAGGCGGCACUCUGGGCGUCCUCCUUUCCUCCUGGGCGCUGGGCAGCAGCGCCCCGGGCGGGCGAGCUCAUCGGCCCCACCUCCCUCCGCCGCAGCAGAACUUUCACUUGCGGGGGCGCGGCAUGGAAAGGGUUACAAACAGCCCGGCCACCCACGCCGCCGGCCCCGCCACGCCGUCACGUGGCCCCGCCUCACCGCGUGCCUCUGACCUCACUUCCGGAGGGCGGGCGCAGCGCGGAGCCGGUACUUCCGGGGGAGAGCCGGGCCAGAAGGGGGACCAUGAGUUGGUUGAGAGAGAUUUUGAACGAGAGUAUGGAAAGCUUCAGCAACUGGAAGAUCAGACUAAGAAGCUCCAGAAAGACAUGAAGAAAAGCACAGAUGCAGACCUAGCAAUGUCCAAGUCAGCAGUGAAAAUCUCAUCUGAUUUGCUGUCCAACCCACUCUGUGAGCAAGACCCCAAAUUCCUUGAGAUGGUGAUGGCGCUGGACACAGCCAUGAAGAGAAUGGAUUCUUUUAACCAAGAAAAGGUGAACCAAAUCCAGAAGACAGUCAUAGAGCCCUUGAAAAAAUUCAGUGGCGUCUUUCCUAGCCUGAAUAUGGCAGUGAAACGGCGUGAGCAAGCGCUCCAGGAUUACAAGCGGCUGCAGUCUAAGGUGGAGAAGUAUGAAGAGAAGGAGAAGACGGGACCCAUCCUGGCCAAGCUGCACCAGGCUCGGGAUGAGCUGAGGCCAGUGAAAGAGGACUUUGAGGCUAAGAACAAGCAGCUUCUGGAAGAGAUGCCCAAAUUCCACAGCAGCCGCGUCGAUUACUUCCAGCCAAGCUUUGAAUCCCUGAUCCGGGCUCAGGUUGUGUACUACACUGAAAUGUACAAAAUAUUUGGAGACUUGACGGAACAGAUUGAUGAGCCUGGCCUGACAGACGAGCAGAGGGAGAAGGAGAAUGAAGCCAAGCUGAAUGAACUGAGGGCACUCUCUAUCGUGGCUGAUGACUGACCUCCACUUUGUAGGAGUUACAAGGCAGCAGCUGGUGCUGUGGGGACCUUUUGCUCCUACACAGAAACCUUCAUGGUUAGACUCCUUGUUCUCCAAAGACGUGGGCCCCUCUUGACUUUUAGCCCCUUGCAGGUAUGCUCCCCCAGAUCAGAAGUGCCCGCUUGCAGCAGCUCUCCAAAACUGAACCGCCACAGCAAGAGAGUGGGACAGGUCCUUGUCACUACCACAUACGGACUCUGGAAUUGGACUUUAGGAGUUUCUCUUUCCACCUCCCCAGCACAAGACACAAUGAUUUAUAAGCUUUAAUUGUCAUGGUCUGUAGCUAUGUGUGCUUAGUUACUACAGGUAGAGAAUUUCUUUCCAGAUGUGGUGGUGGGGAGACUGUAUAACUGUGCCUUGAAGAGAAAGGUCUUGUCACCACACUGGAGCCUUUUUCUAGAAGAGGAGCUGGUAAGAUUUGUGUUUGCAUGCGACAGAAGGCCAUCUCUAAUAGCAAUGGUUUUGGACUGGGUUACAGUAUUAUUAACCUUGGUCUCAAGGGUGUCUCACUCACCUCUUGUGGCCCCAGAGAGAAGGCUCUGUGCAAGGCAAGGCAAUAACAGCAUUAUGUAACUCUCCUGAGGGAUUCUUUGGCUCCCGAGGUAGGACGGCCUGGAUUGACUGCUUGAAGCACUGCAGGUGUAUUCCAGGGCUGAGGGGAGCUUUGCUAGCAAACAGGCGCCUCUGCUCCCAGCAGGAAGUCGGACUGUACAAGCACAGGUGAUUUUUCUUUGUGUAGACUUUCCCCAACUCUUUUCUGUUUAAUCCGCCUUGGAGCAAGUAGGUAGAUGACAUUUCUUUAAAUGUAAGUGUUCCUCUAA